AUGUUGGGUGCACUGGAAUUAGCCUGCUCAUUCAGAGCUUGGCACCGCCGUUUUACGCACCACCCAGAAGACCAUGAGAAACGCAGCAUCAAAAGAGACAUUAAGAAGGUUGCUGGCAAAGCACAGCUCGGCGACAAGGAGUACUUCUCCUUGGAGUCUGUUAUGGCCGAAUUCAAGUUAUCGAACAAUACUUUACGAAGAAUGAUGACACAUAUGAAUGACAACAUGGAUCGGGGUCUGGAGGGAGGUCUGGAGGAAUCAACUAUUGCUAUGCUGCCUUCCUUUGUACCAGAGCUUCCAGACGGAACUGAACGAGGUAAAUACGUAGCCAUGGAUCUCGGUGGGACUAACUUACGAGUGAUGAUCAUGGAAAUUGAGCCAGGUGAGAACAUGCGAACAAAGCAGUUCAACACGAGGAUGCCAAAUGCUGCCAUGCAUGGUUCCGGUGAACAGUUGUUUGACUACAUCGCCAAAGCGCUGGCUGACUUUCUCAUUGAGAAAGACGUAGCAAAUGACAACUUGCCUGUUGGCUUCACGUUUUCUUAUCCUUGUGACCAGACAAGUCUAAGGAGCGCCACGUUGUUGAGGUGGACCAAGGGCGUCACUGCAACGGGAGUCGUUGGAAAAGACGUUGUGAAGUUGCUCGAAGAAGCCAUCGAAAGGGACGGCAGAAUCCAAGUGGAGAUAGUGGCGCUUAUCAACGAUACUGUAGGAACUAUGGUGGCGGCAGCGUACGAAGCAAAUCAUUGUGAUCUUGGAGUAAUUAUCGGAACUGGAACGAAUGCGUCAUAUAUGGAGGACGCAAAAGCCAUAAUCCAUGGUCUAGCCAAUGCUACUGAAGAUUACCCCCACAAACAGAUGAUUAUUGAUACUGAGUGGGGAGGGUUUGGUGACCGUGGAGAAGCUGAAUAUAUUUUCACUCAAUAUGACAAAAUCAUCGACGAACGAUCUGAUCAUCCAGGAGUGAACUCGCUUGAUAAGCUGGUUGCCGGUAUGUGUAUGGGCGAAGUUGUGCGUCUGGUACUCGAUAAACUUUGUACGCAUAAGGUACUUUUUAACGGAAAUGGUUCAAAAAUUCUGUCCACCAUUGGUUCCUUCCCUACAAAGUAUAUUUCUGAAAUUCUGCAUGACGAUUGUGGAUCGUACUCCAAUACGAGACAGAUUAUGGAUGAAUUGGCGAUUGAAGACUACAGCUUUUCCGACAUGCUUCUGUUCCGAGAGGUCUGCCUGGUUGUGUCGCGAAGGAGUGCAAACCUCAGUGCAGCAGCUAUCGCUUGUGUUCUGAACCGAGUGCGACAACCGAGGAUGAUUGUUGCCAUUGACGGUAGCACUUACAAAUACCAUCCGUUUUUCGACCAUUGGGUUACCGACAAGGUGAAAGAACUGAUCGAUCCUGGACUUGAGUUCAAAAUCGUCCAAACGGGAGAUGGAAGCGGUAAAGGAGCAGCUUUGAUCGCGGCCAUCGUAACUCGAGUGAAAAGAGCGGAGGAAAAAAGAAAGAAGGACGAAGCAGCACGCCUUUUGAGAGAAGCAGAAGAGGAAAGGAAGAGGAAACAAGCGGAGGAGGAGAGACUACGAGCUGAGGCUGAGGAACGGGAACGGGAGAAGAAGGCUGAAGAGGAACGCUCACGAAAAAUGACCGAAUUGUUCUCAUAUGGCGAGGACCGAGUUAAGGAGGAACAAAACCAGUAUAUUACCUUAGAAGACUGA